GCAUUUAGAAAAGCAACUAUUGAGCAAUAGCAACGACCCGUAGGGUUUUUUCAAACAACAGAGAGAAAUAUUAUCAUAUUUCACCUGGAUUGUAAGUUCAGUUCAGUAUUCUGCCUUAAUUAUUAAACAAAGAAGGUAAACUAUAUUUUUAUUAAAAAAUAUUUUAAUUAAUAAACAGUCAAUCUGUAAGAAACUGCGUAUUAUCGUUAACAACUUUGUUGAUCUGCAUCUUGAUUUUAACUUUUAAUGAGUUGAUGAUCAUUUAAUUAUUACAAACCUGAUUAUAGGUAAUCGCUGUUAUUACGCAAUAAGUAUUAAUAGAAUUAUCGGUUUAUCCGUUUAUCCGCAAAUGAUGGCAGUUCAUAAGCUUCACAAGUGUAACAUAUUUUUAAACGCAGCAAAAAGAAAAAAAAAAAAACAGAUAAAAUCGCAAUGUGGUCUACGUCAUUCGACGCUCUAGCUGCAAUGGUUCGACAUAAAAAAAAAUGGAAACUGAAGAAAGUAGAAGAAUUACCAGGCUAUCUUCAAGAUAAUUUAUUCUUAAAAAGGCAUCAUAGACCAGAAUUGAAGUCUGUUAAAGAAUGUAUCCGUUCAAUGUUCAUGCUUCAUUCUGAAACUGGAAAUAUCUGGACUCAUUUAAUUGCAGCAGUAAUAAUGCAAGUUUGCAGAUUCUUGGCAAAGAUGGAUUAUUGCGGCAUCAUAAGCAUGACUAUACUCUCCUGGUCUCCUUUCGUUUAUUAUUGCUUUUGGUUGACAAUGGUUAUACGAGAAGAUUUCCUGAGACCGCAGGGACACACCAAAAGAAUAUCAGUGUUUUUUUCGAUUGGAGCAGUAUCAUUCGUAUUCGCUGGUCACUUCCUACUCGCAGAAGCUAUGUAUGACUCAAAAGCAGCUCAGGUCUUUGCUUAUUGUCUUCCAAUGGGUUCUUUAUACUUUGGUGGUGGAUUUUUAUACGCACUGAAAUUCCCCGAAAGAAAAUUCCCAGGAAAAUGCGAUUUAUUUUCGGCAUUCUGCCAGUCCAGCCGUCAAUUAUGGAGCGGAACCGAAAGCUUAGCAAAAGACGAUCCCGAAAUAAAAAGAUUAAUUGAAAUGGAAAAGGAUCGCCAAUUAUCCGGUUUGGAACUGAUCGCAUCCGAAAAUUUCGCAUCUAGAGCCGCUCUGGAGGCAAUGGGCAGUUGUUUGAAUAACAAAUAUUCUGAAGGAUAUCCAGGAUCUAGAUACUAUGGCGGUACCGAAGUUGUAGACGAAGUAGAGCUUCUCUGCCAAAAGAGAUGUUUACAAGCGUUUGAUCUAGAUCCGGCGAAAUGGGGUGUAAACGUGCAACCAUAUUCUGGAAGUCCAGCUAACUUUGCUGUAUACACCGCCCUAUUGAAACCACACGAUCGUGUAAUGGGCUUAGACCUACCUCAUGGCGGUCAUUUGACGCAUGGUUUCAUGACUGACGCAAAGAGAAUCUCUUCAACUAGUAUCUACUUUGAAAGUAUGCCAUAUCAAUUGAACAUGGAAACCGGAACUAUCGAUUACGAUGCUCUUGCUGAACAGGCUCGCCUAUUCCGACCAAAAAUGAUAAUUGCAGGAACAAGUGCGUAUUCUCGUCUCCUCGAUUACGCACGCUUCAGGGAAAUUUGCAAUGUCAGUAAAUCGUAUUUGCUGGCUGAUAUGGCUCAUAUUUCUGGUUUAGUCGCCGCUAAAGUCGUCCCAUCGCCAUUCGAAUACGCUGACGUUGUUUCAACAACUACUCAUAAAACUUUGAGAGGUGUUCGAGCUGGUCUAAUCUUUUUCAGAAAGGGAACGAAAGGUGUUGAUAAGAAUGGCAAAGAGAUUAAGUACGAUUUCGAGCAAAGAAUUAACUUUGCCGUCUUUCCAAGUUUACAAGGUGGACCCCACCAACAUACCAUAGCCGGUGUUGCCGUAGCAAUGAAACAAGCCCUGUCUCCUGAAUUUGUUGAAUAUCAAAAGCAGGUUAUUAAAAACUCAAAAACUAUGGCCGAUAGUCUCCUAAAACGAGGCUAUUCGUUAGUGUCUGGUGGAACCGAUAACCAUCUCGUCUUAGUAGAUCUUCGUCCCAAAGGAAUUGAUGGUGCGAGAGUUGAACGAGUUUGUGAACUCGUCAACAUCUCUAUUAAUAAAAACACCUGCCCCGGAGAUAAAAGUGCCUUGGUUCCCAGUGGAUUAAGAUUGGGAUCAGCCGCUUUAACUUCACGUAACUUUAACGAAAAGGAUUUCGAAAAAAUUUGCGACUUCCUCGAUAAAGCCGUAGAACUCUCAAAGGAAGUUCAAGCGAAAACGAAAAACUUGAAAGAAUUCAAGGAACACGUUGUAAAUGACGAAACGACAAAACAAAAGCUGAAACAGCUGAGAGGAGAAGUAGAAUCCUUCGCCAGAGGAUUCCCAAUGCCUGGUUAUGAUGAUCAUUAA